GGUACACCCGAUGACAGAGUAGCUUGCGCAGUAGACAAACAAGGGAGAAAAGCUAGAACAAGCUUGUUGAUGCAUAUUUUUUCUUAAUUUAUCUUAAGCAUUAAUCCCAUCCUCAGUCAUACAUUUACACGAAUAACCCAGAUAAACAUUUAAAGUAGCACGUCUCGGGGUGUGUUCUACCGUGUCAGUCGGCUGCUAGCUUUCUCCUCUGCAGCAGUGGAACAAUGUUUACCUCCCAAACCUCGUCCUUCCAGGAUUCAAUCGACGUGGAAGAGAGAGAUGAUUUUGACAGUGAGGAAAUAGCAGGCUACAAUCAGAAAAGCCAGCUGAAUUGUUACUACACCAUCUAUCUCUAUCAAGGCACAAGAUCUGAGGCUUCUGGGGAAAAUGUGGCAUGGAACCAGAGAAGAGCAGACUCCACAACCAGUCAUGAAGACUUUAGCCUGACACUGAUUGAUAGCAGCCUGCCGUCAGAGGCAGAACCGGAGCUGCGGACCUACAUUUCAAGGAGGCUGAGCAAAGGAGCCCUUCUUGGAGGCAUGGGCAACAUCGCCACUGUGGAACUCAGGCAAUCAUUUAACAUAUUUCCAAUAACAACAUUUUGGAAUCAAUAUUUUUUUUAUCCUGAAACCAAAGAAUCAAGCUGGUUCACCCAAAUAUGUUCAACAUGUGCUCCUUCCAGUAUUCCAGAGGAGUCAGUUGGCUGCUAUUGCUGUCUCCUGGAGCAGGAAAGGUCUCCUGAACAGCCUGAUGCUGAUGGUAAUGGAUAUGUCAUCUGCUUCAUGGGCGGCUCAGAAAAAGGACUGAACUUAUUUAGAAUAGAGCUUGAUAAAUAUGUUCAAGGCCUGCAUUGCAGCCUGCAGACCCCAGAGCUGCAAAACCUUGAGACUGAGGUGCGUCCCUAUCUGAGCCGGUGGUUUGACGAGUCUGUCAUGCACAUUUACAGAGUGGUACAGCUGGUCCAGAGCAACAUCAGCUUCUUGCUUCAUGCUGCUCUGAGUCAGACACAUGUGGAGGUCAUCAAUUCAGAGGAGCGGACCAAAGCAGAUGUGUCAAGGUUCAUUAAAGCAGCCAGUUUGCAGGGUCUGUCCCAACAAGACCCCACAGCAGCUUCUUUGUGUAAGGCCAUCUCAGAGGACACUCAGUCCAACCUGGUCAUAGACUGCUCUGUCAGCCCACCCAUGCUCACGCACACUGUCAGUAAUCGUUUCUGUGAUGACUGGAUUCAGGCAUUUUUAAAUGCUGCGGAGCGCUGUAAUCCCUUCUUGCUCAGGCAGAUUCUGGAGAACUUCAAGCUUAAGGCCAUCCAGGACAUGAACAGCCUAAAGCGCUUUGUGCGGCAGGCUGAGAUGAGUCACUAUGCCCUGUUCCGCUGCUGCCAGUUUCUGCAAGGCUGUGGAAAUGGGGAUGUGUUGCUGCAGAAUGCCAGGGCGGAGCACAGUGACCUGCCUGAAGCCUGCAGCAUCAUCGCCGUGCUGGAGGAGUUCAUCAAGGAACAGUCCCAAGCUCAGGCCUGAUUCCAAUAACGACACGCGACUCCAAGUAACUUUACUACAACUGCCUUGUCCAGUUGGUUCGUAAGACAGACUCCUCUACCAGCCACAAAGCAGACAAUAAAGUAUCAUAAAUACAAACUCAGCACAACCCAUUUUAAACAUAGCAUUGCCCCUAUGAAACAUGGCGGUGUGGCAGCUUUUCAUUGAACAGCUGUCGUCAGUUUCCUCUUCUGCUUCAUGUAGAAAAGUAGUCAAAUCGGAAAUAUGUACUGGAAAAUGCUGACAACUCCGUUUCUUUGAACGCAUCUUUGUAAAAACUAUAAUAUGUAGUUCAUUCAUUCAGCAAAAUCCCAGCACUAAUCUUAACAAUUAAAAGUUAGUUGUUUAUUAAACUGUACAACAAAGCUCUCAGUGAAGGUGAACUUAAAAAAACUGAAAGAACAGCACUUUUACAGUCUCAUACCCUUUUAAUUACAGCUUUUACAUGAGGUUAGUGCAUAUACAGAACUUUGAACCAAAUACUACCACUCAUGUUUUGCUAACUGACGAUCUCAACACAGAAUUGAUCCAAAUUAAGCUCCUGCUCAUUGGCACAGAUUUAUUUCUUCCUAAUAUGAUGACCAAACACUAUUUUCUUACUUUUUUGUAUUUUAUUUGAUUGAACAUGUUUUCCUUUGUGAAAAAAAACACAUACAGGAUGCACAAAUCACUUUUAUGCUUUGCUUGUAACAUACGCCUUAUUUGAUGUGUGUGUCCUUGCUCUUUAUCCUUUCAGCUCAGUUCUUGCACUACUCUAUUAUUUUUAUUUGUCUGGAUGUCAAUUGUAUGAUAUUGGGCUUCUGUUUAAUUCUCUCAAAAUUCAGUAUUGUAGACGACGAAUAUUUGAAUAUUAUAUAAUGUGUACAUUAGAGCAAAUUAUUUGAUGUUUAUGAACAUUUUCACAGCCUUCACCAGCUCACACGCUUGUGAGAAGUAAACGGACACCAUGUGACCAAUCACUCACUGUAUCUACAUUUAUUUGAAAAAAUAAAUCUGCAAUACUAACAUUAACAGAGAAACAUGUUUUAAAGAGUAGUAAAAUUGAAUACAAGAUGACAGAAAACAAACUCAUAAUAAUAAUAACUUUAACCAAGUCCAAAGUGUGAAGUUCAGCAAUAUCAACGGUAGUGGUGUAAACCUGUAAACUGUGAACCAGGUGACAUGGAAAUGAGUCAUUUUAUUGUUGUGAAUAUUGGUGUGUUGUUGACCCAUGGUGCAUAUGUGUGGACAUUAUUGUACAGUGUGUUCUCUGUAGAUAUAAGUGGUCGCAUGGAGAUGAAAUAAAUAAAUAUGACAGUGGAACCUC